AUGGGACAAGCAGCUGUUCCCGAGAUUCCAUGGUCUGAAGUUAUUGCGAAUGGUGGAAAGAUUCCCGAUGCCAUUGCUGAGCGAGCACGUCACACCGGAUGUGUCAUUUUUCGAGGCUGGUUGAGCAUGUCGGAAUGUGGCCCUGGCGAGGGUACCCUCCGGGUUAUGCCCAGUCUGAAGCUUAGCACAGCUUAUAUCAUGCUUCGUCCUUUCUUCCUGAAUGAGAAGUUGGAUCUCACGCAGCCAACGUUCCCUGGCUCGAUUCCUGCCAGAGGACAAAUCUAUGCAAACCCCAAAUACCAUCCACACUUAUAUCACGACAAGUCCAUCAUCAGCAUCCCAAAAGUUGAGCCUGGUGAUUUCAUCUUCUGGCACACUGAUGUUCUACACGAGGUAGAAGACGAGAACAAUGGGAUCAAUGACUCUAGUGUUUUAUAUGUUGCAAACGUGCCCCUUUGCACUUACAAUAUUCAGAACAUGCUCAAUCACCGUAAAGCCUUUCGAGAGGCUGUGCCUCCUCCUGACUAUAUCCGCGACUUCGGCGGGCCUUACGAGCUUGAAUAUCAACAUGACGAUCACGGCGCCCGAGAAGAGAACAUUCUGACUGUCGAAGGCAGAAGAGCUCUCGGGCUGGAAGAAUUUGAUGAAAACGAGCCCGGCUUGACGGAAGGCCAGCGCAAAGUCCGGAGGAUGGCCAAUGAGGCGAUGAGGGAGUAA